AUGGCUUCGCAGACCUCAGCUGAUCUAUUUGCUCUGUCUUCCUCUCCAGCCCCUGCUCAGGUUGCACCCAUGUCAUCUUCAGAAGCAACGACCACUGAAGCAGCAUCUACCUAUGACCAAGCAGACAUGGCAACCACGCAGACAGGGCCCCCACGCCCUCCAAAGCAGAAGUCCUGGCUAGCACGGCAUUUCUCCCUGCUGUUGAGGAAAGACCGACAGGCCCAGAAGGCUGGGCAGCUUUUCUCCGGGCUCCUGGCCCUCAAUGUGGUAUUUCUGGGUGGGGCAUUCAUCUGUAGCAUGAUCUUCAACAAUGUGGCUGUCACUCUGGGUGAUGUGUGGAUCCUGCUGGCCGCACUGAAGGUCCUCUCUCUGUUAUGGCUCCUCUACUACAUGGUGGGCACCGCACAGAAGCCCCACGCGGUGCUGUACCGUGACCCUCACGCAGGACCCAUCUGGGUGAGGGGUUCCCUGGUGCUCUUCGGUAGCUGUACCAUCUGCCUGAAUGUAUUUCGCAUAGGCUAUGAUGUGAGCCACAUUCACUGCAAGUCAGAAGUGGAACUCAUCUUUCCAGUCAUUGAGAUCAUCUUCAUGAGUGUCCAGACAUGGGUGCUCUGGAGACACUGCAAAGAUUGUGUUCAGGUGCAGACCAAUUUCACCAGGUGUGGCCUCAUGCUGACCCUGGCCACAAACCUGCUGCUGUGGAUUUUGGCUGUGACCAAUGACUCCAUGCACCGUGAGAUUGAGGCUGAGCUCGACGCCCUCAUGGAAAAGUUCUCAGGUAACGAGACCAACACUUGUAUGUGCCUCAAUGCCACGGUGUGCGAGGUCUUCCAGAAGGGCUACCUGAUGCUCUACCCCUUCAGCACCGAGUACUGCCUCAUCUGCUGCGCGGUGCUCUUCGUGAUGUGGAAGAAUGUGGGCCGCCGCCUGGCAGCCCACUCAGGUGCCCAUCCCAACAGACCACCCUUCCGCCUGCACGGGGCCAUCUUUGGUCCACUGCUGGGCCUUUUGGCACUUGUGGCUGGUGUGUGCGUCUUUGUGCUCUUCCAGAUCGAGGCAAGUGGCCCUGACAUCGCCCGCCAGUACUUUACCCUCUACUAUGCAUUCUAUGUGGUUGUGCUGCCCGCCAUGAGCCUGGCAUGCCUGGCAGGCACAGCCAUGCACCGGCUGGAGGAGCGAGAACUGGACACACUCAAGAACCCCACCCGCAGCCUGGAUGUGGUGCUGUUGAUGGGAGCUGCGCUGGGCCAGAUGGGCAUCGCUUACUUCUCCAUCGUGGCUAUUGUGGCCACCCAGCCACACGAACUGCUCAACCAGCUCAUCCUGGCCUACUCAUUGCUGCUUAUCCUGCAGCAUAUCACCCAGAACCUCUUCAUCAUCGAGGGCCUGCACCGCCGCCCCCUCUGGGAGCCUGUGCUCCCCGAUGUGAUGGGGAAGCAGGAUGCUGAGCUGCCCCGCAGAGGUUCCCUGCGGGACCUGGGCCAAGACCUACGGAGAGCCUCAAGGGCUUACAUCCACUCCUACAACCACCUCAACUGGAAAAGAAGGAUGCUCAAGGAGAUUUCGCUCUUCCUCAUCCUCUGCAAUAUCACGCUGUGGAUGAUGCCUGCGUUUGGUAUACACCCUGAGUUUGAGAAUGGGCUGGAAAAGGAUUUUUACGGCUACAGGACCUGGUUCACCAUUGUCAACUUUGGCCUGCCUCUGGGGGUCUUCUACCGAAUGCACUCUGUUGGGGGACUGGUGGAAGUCUACCUGGGGGCCUGA